AUGAGGAUCAUUUCCUAUCUUGGUGGGGUAUUAAAGGAAUAUUGCCAAUACAGCAGUUUAGCAGGCUUAAGUUAUAUAGCCGACAAUAGCUAUCAUUUUACUGAACGAUUAUUUUGGCUUGCUUGUGUGAUUUUAUCAUGGAUUGGAUCAGCUUAUUUAAUUGUGGAUUAUAUGGAUUCAUAUGUUAAUAACUCCGUCAGUAUGGGCGUUGUAAGUUUACUGCCUAUCGAUACUCUUCAAUUUCCAUCAGCUGGCAUUUGUGAAAUGGGAUAUACAAAGGAGGAAUAUCAUGAUUUAGAGAAAUUAAUCUACGAUAUGAUGGAUCCAAACUUAUCACAAGAUGAAAAGGAAAACGACUAUAAUUAUGACAUUGAGGAUUUCCUUAUGCGAGUAAUUUUUCAUAAUCUCUAUAAUUUCGGAAGUAUGGGUUCAUAUUGUAAGGAAUAUAUAGGCAAAGAGGAUACAUUGCAGUGUCCUAUGAAAAAUUAUCAAAAGUAUGCUGAUCGCGUGCGAGCUAAUUGCACUUCACUGUUUGUAAGCUGUGCAUGGAAUGAAAUUAGUUUUCCAUGUUGUGAGUUUUUUCAGCCUGUUAGAACUACAUUAGGCACAUGCUAUCUACUUAACUCAAUACAGGCAGUGACAAAGAACUCAAAGAAAUGGCUAGACAUGACAUUAAGCUUGAGACUUGGAACUGGUCACUUGAAUUUGACUGUCACAAAGUCAUCUGCUUUAUAUAUUCUUAAUGAGGAAGACAUUCCACAUAUGCUGUUGACAACAUUACAGUUUCCACAAAUUCCUGAUGGAUAUGACGGGGAAUUGCUUCUAUCAAUUCAGGACAUUCUAAACGAUCCAUACAUAAGGAACAUCGAACCACAAUAUAGAAGAUGCAAAUUCCCUGACGAAGGACCUGAUUCAGCGUAUAAAAUGUAUAGCUAUUCAACAUGUGUUACAGAAUGCUUAAAGCAAGCACAAAUCAAGGCUUGUAAUUGCACUCAUUACAAUUUAAUCGUUGACAGCAAAGACAACAGCACGGAAUGUGAUUAUUUUGGUCUUGUAUGUUUAGAUGAGAAUGAUCUAUUAUUUCCACAAACAACAAUUAUGCAGCCAUGGAGAGUUGAUGGACUUCCUUGUGAAUGCUUGCCUAGUUGUAAUGAAGCACAGACUAAUGUGGUUCGACAUUCUUCAAAGAUUCGUGAAAAUUCAAGAGAUCGUUCUGUGUCAAUUCGUAUGCAGUCUUUGCCGACUCAACGAUAUUUCAGACAAUCAGUAAGAGAGAAGAUUGACGUUGUUGUGUCUGUUGGAGGGAUUUUGGGGCUCUUUAUGGGUGCAAGUAUAUUAAGUCUUGUAGAACUGAUCUAUUUCUUUACAGUUCGAACAUUUAGACGUUAA